GUCUUUCGUCAGCCUUUCUUCCGCCCGCAGACUCAGUUGCGCACGGUUAGGUUUUGGUGGUACUCUUUACAAACAGUUAUCCUAAUAAGUCACACUUCUCAGACAUCAGCAUGUUCGCCGUGAUCCGUAGACAACUUAGAAAUCACCCAGCCCUUAUCCCCCUCUUCUUCUUCAUUGGUGGAGGAGUAACCAUGUCCAUGUUGUACCUCGCUCGUCUGGGUUUGAGAAACCCUGAUGUGUGCUGGGAUCGCAAGAACAACCCAGAGCCCUGGAACAAGCUGGGCCCAACUGAUCAGUACAAGUUUUUCGCAGUCAACAUGGACUACAGCAAGCUGAAGAAGGAUCGUCCUGAUUUCUAAAGAGCCCAUCUGCUGGACUUCAAGGCACAAAGAUGAGCUGACCCGCACAGCCCCAUUUCAAAUUACUCUGUGAACCUGAGGGAUGCUGAAGCUAAAUCCGCACAUUGAUUUCAUAUUUGUUUCCUCAUUGCUUCCCUUUGGCUUUUUGGAAUCUUGUUAUAUUUCUCAUUUCCAGUGGUUGCCAAUAAAGUAAAGGAGUCUUUUCUCCUCCAUACAGAGAAAAGAACCUGUUUGAUUUAUUGUGAUUAUAUUUGUAGGCACUUGGUCUUCCAUGUCCUUUAUCUAGGGUCAUGUUUUCAGUUGUGUAUCACACAUUUUUAUUUGCAUUAAGACCACACUCCCCUAUCUGUUUAGUUAUGUCAUGCUCUGUUGUUGCUGCAUGUGCUUUGCUUUCACUUCAUUUCACCUUUGUCUUGCCCCUGCCAGCUGAUGGUGAAUUCUGUGCCACACUAUUCUUGGGUAGUAUCCAGAGCCUUAUUGUUAACCUCACAGGCAGACUUUAAUCUGGUCACAUUUGAACAGUGGGCUGCCUUUCAUGGCAGCAGUCCAGACAGUGUCAUUAAAACCUCAUCAGUAUUUGUCCUGUUUAUGAGGCAUACAAGCUGCCCAGUGCUGUUGCUGUAUAGAAAGUUAUUUAAUUAUAGACUCCUGAAGCACAGUGAAACAACACGACUUGCUGCCUGCAAGGGUACCUGUUGGCUUAGAGCAGCGACAUGUUCAUGUGUUAUACUGAGAGGUGGAAACAGGACUCUGGUGGGACAUUCAGCGUUUCUCCUUAUAGAAUGCCAUCGCUCUCAGCCAGAUGAGUCUGUAAAUGUCAACAGGUCACGCUGUUCCAUCUGCAGCUUGAAGAAAAGCGACAAGGAUGAGCAGCCAGUGCAG